AUGGGGAUCAAGGAUAUCUUAUGCAUUAAAAAGUAUAUCAUUAAGUCUGAGAAAGUCAUAGUUCCUGACAUUCCAGGAGAUAAAUCGAAGCGAUGGAUGUACCUUCUACUUUCUCUGUUGUUUCUUUUGGUUUCUGCCUUAGUAUCGACUACUGUGGUGUUACUCUUGAAACAUGAAGAACGACAUGAUUUGACGGAUGGCACAACUGUUGCAGUAAAGACAGAAACAACUACAAGACCUGUUCCAAUUUUUGCUAAGAAUACAACUAUUGGGAGCCGUGGAAAAGCUUUUAUAGUGUUGUUCAUGACAAAUAUUAAGACCACCACAAAGUCAGUGUACGUCACAUCGGAUAAUGGUACUGAUUUGAAUAUAACAACGUCACCGGGUCUUAAUCCAUUACUUAAAUCACAGAUAGACAGGCUAACCAAUAUUUGGUCCAAUCAGCAUAUUGCAAUACCGAGCUCCAUGGAACUAGAGAGUUUCAAGAAGGAGACAAAAGCAAUUUUUUUCGAGACAUCUCAUGAUGUCUUCGUAAUAAGUCAUGACAGGGCAUAUGGCACAACGGGAAGUACUACCCACAUUCCUUUAAAUCAACUUUCUACCAAGUAUAUAGUGAUAUCAUCGCCGCCUGAAACAAAAAGUCAGUUUGCGGUGGCCGCUAUCACGGACAACACAACAAUUACAAUUACGUUUAAUAUGGAAACCAACAAUCCUCUUCAAAUUGAAAGCGAGAGUUUUAAAAUCGGGGAUACUUUUAAUUUAACACUUGAAAGUUUCGAAACAUACCAAAUUGCCCAUAAUACAGAUCUGACUGGAACUUUAAUUGAAUCUUCAGCUCCUAUAGCAGCCUUCUCCGGUAAUGAUUGCAAUAGUCUAGGUAAUAUCGGUGCCUGUGAUCAUCUUAUAGAGCAGUUGCCACCAAUAGAGAGUGUUGAUGACACUUAUAUUGUGCCUCCUUAUUCAGAUGACAGAGACGCAAAGAUUCGCAUAACAGCCACGCAAAAUACAAAUAUCACAUUUAUAAUUGGAGGAGUAAGCCAAACACUGACAUUAGAUGCUGCAAAAUCUUUUGACACGUCUAUUACAAACACCCAAACCUGUUUCAUUCAUUCAGAAAAUCCAGUCUUAGUAACGAGCUUUGGAUUGCAUUCUAAAAGUUCUGAAAUGGGAGAUCCCUCCAUGACGAUAGUACCUGGGAUAAACCAGUACCUUGACUAUUAUAAAAUCGUCGUCCCACAGGGAUAUGUUAGCAAUUUUGUGUCUAUUAUGAUUGAUGCUUCAUUUCGAGGAUCUGUUCAGAUAAACGGUUUACCAAUACAAGAAAGUGCGAUAAUAUUUGAAGAGAAUAUUUCAGCAGGAAAUGACACAUACAAUGUUAGGUCAAUAACAGUAGCUGAGGGUGAAGUUACGGUGUCUACCAGUAAUGGAAAGGGAUUUGGACUGAUGUUUUCUGGAACAAAAUAUUACGAGGCCUAUGGUUUUUCUGGAAACUCUUUACUUCUGUAUCCCAAUAAAUUAGAAUAA